UUGAGCGGCGGAGCACGCAUCUCGUUUGCGUCGAAAACGUUCGUUACGAAGAAGAACAAAGUUUUGUGACUGAAAUUUAAAGUUUGGUUUAUUUCGAGUUUGCAAUCAAACUGGGAAGAGUUUGUUUGAAAUUCGCAUUUGGAAGUGCGUGUAAAUAAAGGUCUGAAGGCUUCAUUAGAAGGCUGAUCAAUAGGCGUGUAAUGGACUAUACAACAUUUGUCAUUAUCUUCAUAGUGUGUAUUGAUCACGGUGAUGGACAUUGGAAAGAAAGGGACAAAGAAAAGCUUCGACAUGAUAUUGAACUGUACAAAACGAUGGCAGAAAAAAUUGAGCGCGAGAUAGAAAGCUUUUACGAUGAAUAUCCAGAGGAGCGAUACAAGGGGGAUAAUGUUGAUAGAAUACACUACAAACGUGUUACAAAUAUACUGGAUCGUAAAAAAGAAACGGGGAAUGACGAACACAAUGAUAAAGUAGAACAGAACUUUUUAUAUGCCAAUGCUAGUGACGUAACUAGCAAUAUGCCUUCGAAACAUUCAAUUAAUCAACAUGAUAACGUUAAAUUUGAAAUAUUAAAUAAGGAUAAGCCUAAUAAACCGAGUGCAUUAAAUUCACCUUGGCCUAAAUUUGAAGACAUCCUUUUAGCUAUGGGAAGAAAAUAUGAUUGGAAGAAUGACAGAUGGAUAAAAGUAAAAGAAAAACUAAAGAUAGCCAAUAACGAAGAAGAAAUGAUUGCAAGAGGAGAUAAUAAUAGUAUUGAAUACCACGAGAAACAUAAGUUCAGCUAUAGAAUUGUAAAACUAAAUAAAAGUAAGAGUAGAAGAAACGUCGUGGUCGCGGUAUCGGCUGUGAGAUAGUGCGUUAUGAAUCAGUAAAAUAAGUCAAUGAACUGUAAAGGGACAUAUUUUUUGUAGAUAAAAACGGGACCAACAAGGGUGGCGCCGACAUCUGAUCGUUUUAUGAAGACAACUAGGCUAGAACAUUACGUCGAUAAGUGAGCCACAAGUAACGACUGCAGCUGAUUGAACAUUUAAUUGUGCUAAUAGAUAUAAAGGCGCUUCAUUGUUUAUGCCUAAGCCCGGAUAUGUAUAGUCAUUGCCUAUAGAUGUCAUAACAAGUUCGCAUGUAAUUAACUCUCCAUAAUUGUUGUCUGUUAUUGCCUAAGUAGUGCUCUCAAUAGUUUCUGUUUUCGCCAUAUAAAAAGCUAGACGUGUAACUUUGAACUGGUAAAGUUAACUUUACGAGUUUCGGAAAUCUCAAUAUAUGAACAAACGUUAAAAAUAAACUUCUCCAGUAAAAAA